AACACUGCAUUAGUUUAGUUAGUAGGGAGUGAAGUGGUUUGUGGUUUCUUCGGUUUUGAAUACGAAGAAGAAUGAAGAAUCCAACGUCUUUGUAAUCUCCGUCUUCAAGCAACACUUUUUCUUAUUUCUGCAACCAAAUGCAAGCUUUGCUUCACCAUUCCCCUCUUAUCCGAACCUCACAUUCUUCCUUCUCAGCUAUGGCUUCUUCUUCUUCCCUCACUCUCCCUUCUCUCUCUCUCAACAACUUCCCUUCUUCCCCAUCAAAUGCACAUUCUAGAACCUUCAACCUUCCCCUCCUUCGAUCUAGGGUUUUCAUGAGCGUCGCUUCCGGAUCCCAGGUCUCCGUUCUCAACGAUGCUCUCUUCUCCGAUUACAAACCCUCCAACGCUUUUCUUUUCCCCGGUCAGGGUGCACAAGCCGUUGGAAUGGGAAAAGAAGCUCAGAAUGUGCCUGCUGCUGCUGUUCUGUAUAAGAAGGCAAAUGAGAUAUUGGGGUAUGAUCUUCUUGAUAUAUGCAUCAAUGGCCCAAAGGAUAAGUUAGAUUCAACUGUUCUUAGUCAGCCUGCUAUUUAUGUCACAAGUCUCGCUGCUGUGGAGCUACUUCGUGCACGAGAUGGAGGACAACAGAUUAUUGAUUCUGUUGAUGUUACGUGUGGUCUAAGUUUGGGAGAAUACACUGCUCUUGCUUUUGCUGGGGCUUUCAGCUUUGAAGAUGGACUUAAGUUGGUCAAAUUGAGGGGAGAAGCCAUGCAGGAUGCUGCUGAUGCUGCUAAAAGUGCCAUGGUUAGUGUCAUAGGACUGGACUCAGAGAACGUCCAACAAUUGUGUGAUGCGGCGAAUCAGGAAGUACCCGAAGCUGAGAAGGUUCAAAUUGCCAAUUACCUAUGUCCUGGUAACUAUGCUGUCUCUGGGGGCUUAAAAGGAGUAGAAGUGCUGGAAUCUAAGGCAAAGUCUUUCAAGGCUCGAAUGACUGUUCGCUUAGCUGUUGCCGGUGCAUUCCACACUAGUUUUAUGGAACCAGCUGUGUCAAGGUUGGAAGCAGCAUUGGCAGCAACAGAAAUCAGAACACCAAGAAUACCAGUCAUCUCCAAUGUGGAUGCACAGCCACAUGCAGAUCCCGACACAAUCAAGAAGAUAUUGGCACGUCAGGUUACUUCACCUGUUCAAUGGGAAACAACAGUGAAGACUCUUCUAAACAAGGGGCUGAAGAAAAGUUAUGAACUAGGACCUGGAAAGGUAAUUGCUGGUAUUAUCAAGAGAGUGGACAAGGGUGCUGAUAUUGAGAACAUAGGUGCCUGAGAAGUGAGAAGGCAGUGAAACCUUGCUCCUUCUGCGACUUCCAAAUUCCAAUCAACCCAAUAGUAAAACCAACAUUUUGCCUCUACAAUGUGGGAGAAAAGGUUGCAUCCCCAAAUCAAGAGAACAUGGAGCUUGGGAAUUUUGUAAACAUAGAUUAGGUACAGUUGGAUUUGAAUGCCAAUUUUAAAGUUCAAUUUUAGUUUUAACUUUUAAGAAUUGACACUAUCAUGAUGAUGAACGUAUUGGACUGAAUAAUGGGUUUAUUUAUUAAACGAUAUGUACCUAAUAAACAUUGUGUCA